UUUGUAUGUACCCUUUUGAGAGCUACGUACCACCGCCUUUACUAAAAUAAAUCAGAUUAUUGUGUUUUUGCGAAUUAACGUUUUGGUUGUGCAUAAAAAAAAAAUUCGGUAACCACUUGGAAAUAUUUUGUAAAUCGUAAAAUGGAAACGAUAGAAAGUUUACGAUUUGUUAUUGACACACUGCCAAAGAUCGAGAUCAUGAUUAAAAUACUGAAGGAUGUAACAUUCGAAUUGUAUCGAACUCAACUCAUGGCUUAUGGUGAUGCGGUUGCAUGUCAAAUCAACAUGAAAGAACAAACCAAUACGAUUGGAGAUGAUCUUUUAAAAAAAAUAUCAAACACAAACGUUUUUUCGGGCGAUAUGUCGCUAGGAAAUAUAACGACGCUACUCAAUUUAUACCUGAACAAUACGAUUGUAGCGCGAGACUCAAUCAUGACCACUGGCAACAAGCUAGAGAGAUUAGAUAAACCAAAUGGCUUAAAUGAUCCAAUCAAUAACGGCUCUAAUAUUGCCGCACAGAAUAGCACACAGACAAGAUUUUCAUCGAUCAGUGCGAAUUUCCAAAUUAGAGAAAGCAUAAAUACGGCAUUGAUUGGAGACAGUUCCAUUGUGGCUGAUUGCACGAACAAUUUCAUCGAAAAAAUUGAUCAGAACGAGAUACACAUAAAACAGGACGCAGUUGCUGAUUUCAACGUUUCUACGGUUAAAAUUCCGGAGCCCGAACUCAAACAAAACGAAUCUUCAAUCAAUGUCGGCAAAAUCACCAAAAGAAAAAGACGAGUUAAAGAAGAAGCAUCAACUGUGGAGAAAUGUGUUGAAAAUCUCCCUAUAAAACCAACAAAAAUCGAAGAUAUUGUUACAGAUAUUGGUGUACCGGAUUCAAACGACAUCCGUGAAGAAACGGACGAUCCAAAAGACAUAGAACCUGUCGAUAUGUCUGAUUUAAAACUGGACAACAAAACAGAAUCAGCACGCGAGGAACGUAUCGCUAGAAGAAGAAGAAGAAUUCGAAUUAGUGUGCACCGCCGGAACUCAAGACGUACAACAUUGGUUUUAGUUCGAAAAUCAAUUGUGAUUGACGCAAAGCCAUACAAGUGUUCAGUUUCAGGCUGCACUUAUGCAGGCACAAAAAAGCAAUAUUUAAGUCGACACAUGAAAACACAUUCAAAAGAAACGUUGUUUGCAUGUGAAAAAUGUCCGAAGCAGUUUCGAGAAAAAAAUGCGCUUGACGAACAUAUUCACGAACACGAUGAAAAGACGGAAUUUAGUUGUUCAAUUUGUAAUAAAAUAUUCGACACAGAAGUCAAGAAAAAUCGACACGAGAAGAAAUGUGAAAAGCAACCAUCAUCUAAAGUGGCCAAAAACGUCUAGCAAACCACACACAACAUGCAAAGCACAUCAUGCUGCUGACGAAAAUUCAUCAAAAUGACUCUGAUAAUUUAAUCAACGAAUGAAAUGUAUUCCAUUUUUAUUUAUUUAAAAAAAACUGAUUUAUCAAAUAUUUAGAUUAUUAAUAUGAAAUAUUUUAACAAAAAUAAAAAAACAAAGAGAAAUAAAGGUUACGUUUGCAAACAAAA